AUGAGCUUGAGCCGCUGUUCCAAGAGGAAAGCAACAUCUCAAAACGAAGAAGAAUCCUCAAACGAACCUCGCAAACGACGAAAGACAUGCUCAUCGAUCGACGAAGAAGAAGAAGACAACUGCAGACUGAUUCCAUCUCUUCCCGACGAGUUAUCUAUACAGAUUCUCGCAAGGCUCCCAAGAAUCUGUUACUCGAGCGUUCGGUUAGUUUCUCGGAAGUGGAAAUCAGCCGUAACAACCUCCGAGCUGUACAGUCUGAGGAAAUCACUCGGAAUCACCGAGGAGUGGCUCUACGUGCUCACCAAAGGCCAAGAGGAUAAGCUUCUUUGGUACGCUUUGGAUCCGGUUUCCACGAAAUGGCAGAGACUGCCUCCGAUGCCGGUUAUCGUCUACGAAGAGGAAUCGAGAAAGAUCGGUUUGUCCGGUUUGUGGGAUUUGGUUAACGUAGCUAGGAGCUUCCUCGGCAGGAGAGACAUCUCCGAGCAGAUGCCCUUCUGCGGCUGCGCGAUCGGCUCCGUCGACGGUUCUCUCUACGUUCUCGGAGGUCUCUCUCGGUCGAGAACCGUGAGAUGCGUGUGGCGGUUCGACCCGGUUCUCAACUCAUGGAGCGAAGUCAGCUCCAUGCUGUCGAACCGGGCUUAUUCCAAAACCGGAGUGUUGGAUAAGAAGCUUUACGUUGUCGGAGGUGUUGACCGAGGACGUGGAGGUUUGUCUCCGCUUCAGACCGCGGAGGUUUACGACCCGAAGACGGAUCUUUGGUCGGAAGUUCCGAGCAUGCCGUUCUCUAAAGCUCAGGUGCUUCCCAACGCGUUCUUGGCUGAUUUGCUUAAGCCGAUAGCGACGGGGAUGACUUGUUACAACGGGAGGUUGUGUGUGCCGCAGAGUUUGUACUCUUGGCCUUUCUUUGUCGAUGUUGGUGGAGAGGUUUACGAUCCGGAGACGAAUCUUUGGGUGGAGAUGCCGUCUGGGAUGGGGGAAGGAUGGCCGGCGAGGCAGGCCGGGACGAAGCUGAGCGUGGUGGUGGAUGGGGAGCUGUAUGCUUUUGAUCCUUCUUCGUCGAUGGAGAACGGGAAGAUCAAGGUUUAUGAUCAGAAGGAGGAUGCUUGGAAAGUUGUGAUCGGGGAGGUUCCGGUUUACGACUUGACUGACUCGGAGUCUCCUUAUUUGCUUGCUGGGUUUCAUGGGAAGCUUCACUUCAUUACUAGGGAUGUUGUGAUCGGGGAGGUUCCGGUUUACGACUUGACUGACUCGGAGUCUCCUUAUUUGCUUGCUGGGUUUCAUGGGAAGCUUCACUUCAUUACUAGGGAUGGUGAUUGUAACGUUACGGUUUUGCGUGCUGAUGUCCCUGACGUGGCAAGCUCUUCUUCGUCUAAUGAAAAGGGUAAUGCGGUUAAUAAGUCGGAUACUGUUAUAUGGAGAGUGAUUGCGAGUAAAGACUUUGGUGCUUCUGAGCUUGUUAGCUGCCAAGUUAUAGAUAUAUGA